AUGAAGAGCAGGAGGCAGAGCGGCCGCGGAGGAGCCAUGGUCGCCGACGGGGGCUGCAAGAUGGAGCGCAAGGACGUGGAGAAGAACCGCAGGCUGCACAUGAAGGGCCUCUGCCUCAAGCUCUCCUCCCUCGUCCCCUCCUCUGACCACCACCUCAGACACUAUUCUUCCUCGCCGCCGUCCAGCAACAAGGAUGCGGCGACGCAGCUGGACCAGUUGGACAGCGCGGCGGCGUACAUCAAGCAGCUCCGGGGCCGGAUCGACGACCUGAAACGCCGCAAGCAGGCCGCCGUCUCCGGCACCGCUGGCUGCUCAUCCUCCAUCUCCACGGGCGACUACAAGCGAGCUCCUUCAACGGCCACGACAGCGCUGCCGGUGAUCGAGGUGCGGCACCAGGACGGAACUCUGGACGUGGCGCUGGCGAGCGAGGCCGGGCGGCCGUUCCAGCUGCACGAGGUGAUCGCCGUGCUGGAGCAGGAGGGCGCCGAGGUGGUCAGCGCCAGCUUCUCUGUCGUCGGCGACAAGAUCUUCUACACGGUCCAUUCCCAGGCGUUGUACCCCCGCAUCGGCCUCGAGGCCGGCCGCGUCGCUCACCGGCUGCGCGGCCUCGCCACAGCCGCAGCCGUCUCGCCGUCGGUCCUCCUGACAUGA